AUGAGUGGUCCAUGUUGUCUUGAUCCUGGUGCAAAACAAACGCAUCAAGCUCGUGGUCAUGUAGAACAAAUAGGAGGAAUCAAUACUUACAAAACAGGUCAAGGAAAAUCAGCCAUUGUGAUAUUUACAGAUGUAUUUGGAUAUUCUUUUAUAAAUAUUCAAAAAGUAGCUGAUAGUUUUGCUGAAGGUGUUCAAGCAACAGUUCUUAUUCCUGAUCUUUUUAAUGAAGAUUGUAUUGAUCCAAAUACACCUAAUUUACGAGAAAAAAUGAUGAGUAUAUUAACUCCAUGGUUAGAAAAACAUCCAGUAACAGAUGCAUGUACUACAGGGGAAAAGUUUAUUACAACGAUUAAAGAACAAUAUCAAUCAAUUCAAGUUAUUGGAACUUGUUAUGGAGCUAAAAUUGUUAUUCAUUUACUAGCACAUCCCCAAUUUAGUUCAAUAAUAAAAGCAGGUGUUGCAGCACAUCCAUCAUUUUUAGUUAAAGAAGAAGCUACACAAAUAAAACGACCUAUUCUAUUCUUAUGUGCUGAAACUGAUCAAAGCUUUACUUCUGAUCUUCGACAAACAUUUGAAAAAGAAUUAAGUUCAAACGGUCUUGGAACAUUUAUUGAAUAUCCUGGAACACAACAUGGUUUUCUUGUUCGACCACAUGGAUCCGCAGAUGUUUCUCAACAAAGAGAUAAAGCUGUUCAAGAUGCUAUUCAAUUUCUUAAAAAGAAUCUAUAA